AGGAAGUCAGCUGUACAUUUCCCGGCAGGCCGUAGCGGGGAGGCGGGACUUCCGGUGUAUAUAAGCGCUGUCAUUGGUCACAGGUGACAGCGGUUGGUUCGACAUGGAUCUGCACCUGCUGACCGAUCUGUAUCAGUUUACUAUGGCGUACGGGUACUGGAAGAGCGGGCGGCACCGGGAAACGGCGGAGUUCGAGCUCUUCUUCCGGGAGGCUCCGUUCAGUGGCGGCUUCACACUGUUCUGUGGUCUGGAGGAGACGGUGCGGUUCCUGCGCGAUUUCCGCUUCUCUGAUGCAGACCUCCAGUACCUGGCGUCCGUCCUCCCGUCCUCGGUGGACCGCGCUUUCUACGAUUACCUGCGGACCGUGGACGCCUCGGAGGUGACGCUGACGUCUUUCCCGGAGGGAUCCGUUGUCUUUCCUAGAGAGCCGCUGAUGAAGGUGCGGGGGCCCCUCCUGGUGGUUCAGCUCCUGGAGACCACUCUGCUCUGCUUGGUGAAUUACGCCAGCCUGGUCGCCACGAACGCCGCCCGUUUCCGCCUGGCGGCCGGUCCGGACAAGAAGCUGCUGGAAAUGGGUUUGAGGAGGGCGCAGGGACCCGACGGAGGACUGUCUGCCGCCAAGUAUUCUUACAUAGGGGGUUUUGACUGCACCAGUAACGUGCUGGCGGGGAGGCGGUUUGGCAUCCCAGUGGCGGGCACCGUGGCUCACUCCUACGUGGCGUCUUUUUCCUCUAUAGAUGACGUCCGGCACCAGGCUUUGCAGCCGGCCGGCGGUCAUGGAGAGGGUCAUGGUGGCGAUUUCCUGGCGCGGUCGCAGUCAUGGUUGCAGAGAGUUUCUCUCCUUCUGCAGAUUCCUCCGGGGAGCACCAAUCCUGGGGAGCUGGCGGCCUUCGUGUCCUACGCCGUCGCCUUCCCGCUACAUUUCCUGGUGGUUGUGGACACCUAUAGCGUGAUGAUGAGCGGCAUCCCCAAUUUCUGCGCGGUUGCCCUGGCUUUGAAGGAAUUGGGGUACAAUGCUGUUGGGGUGCGGCUGGACAGCGGAGACCUCGCCAGACAGUCUGUGGACAUCCGGAAGAUUUUCCAGCUGUGCGCUGAGAGGUUUGCGGCUCCGUUUUUCGGAACGUUGACUAUCACCGUCAGUAACAACAUCAGUGAGAAGAGUCUGAAGCUCCUGAUGCGAUCGGAGAACGAGAUCAAUGCGAUCGGCGUGGGCACCCACCUGGUCACCUGCCCCCUGCAGCCAUCUUUGGGCUGCGUCUAUAAGCUGGUGCAGGUGAACAACCAACCGCGCAUGAAGCUCAGCGAAGACCAAGAAAAGAGCACCAUACCGGGGAGCAAAGCAGUGUAUAGACUGUACGACCGAUCCGAUAAGCCGCUCCUGGACCUCAUGACGCUGGAGGAUGAGCCGCCCCCAGAGCUGGGGAAGGAAGUGAAGGUCUAUGAACUGGGGAGAAACGCGGAGAACGAGUGUGUGACCCCGAUCCGGGCGGAAUUCCUGCACCACACCUACUUUCAGCAUGGACAGGUCAUGCUGCCUCUUCCAACAAUCACUGAAGUCAGAUCUUACGCCCAAAAAUCGCUCCGGGACCUCGCCCCCGAACAACGGCAGCUGGACGACCCUCAGCCAUAUCGGGUCGCAGUGACUGAGAGACUACACAGCCUCCCGUUGACCCUGUGGAGGAGCAGCAGCCGCCAUUUGCAGUAACCAUGGUCCUUCGGGUGAUGAAACACAGCAGACCAGUAAUGAACCACAGUGCAGGACUAGUAUAAUUACAGACACUGCCCCCUACCUCUGUACAGAAAAGAGAUUAAUAUAGACCAGUGUUUUCCAACCGGGGUGCCUCCAGCUGUUACGAAACUACAACUCCCAGCAUGCCCGGACAGCUGAAGGCUAUCCAGGCAUGCUGGGAGUUGUAGUUUUGCAACAGCUGGAGGCGCCCCAGUUGGGAAACACUGAUCUAGAGACUUCCUCGCUUUUUAGCAGGGUGGCGACUCCUAUCGCUGCUAUUACAACUUCCAGGGGUCGGCACCCAGCUUUCUUAGAUAGUGUUAGGAAAAGUGAAUUAUAUGAUUAUCAUGCCAGACUGUACAUGCAAGUCCUUCCCAUCUUCUGCUAAGUGAGAUGACUCUGUACUAGUCUAUACAGUAAAGCUAAUAAAAUGCAGUCAGUGUAUGGUGAGGCCAGCGUGAAAAAUGCAAUAAGAGCACAGAACAAAUAACCUAGCUGCAUAAGUCUCCACUUUGCCUGUGCUGGAAAGCACCCCAGAUCAAUAACCCAGCUUUUCCUAACACUAUACCUAACAUGUGAGCUAUUGAAGAGGAUAACUUGUAACCACAGAAUUGUGAUUUAUAUAUAUUCCAAUAUGAAGGUGAUUUUUACACUGAGCAUUUUAAUAAAUUCAGAUGUGAUUUG